UCUAAAGAGAGGUAUGUUUUUGAAAGUAGAAUCUGCGAGUAGCUUCCUAAAAUUUGAUGGGAGAGCCAUGUUUCAGUUUUAUGUCACUUUACUCUACUUGGCUACGGCAUAUGCUGGCUCCAAACAGGCAGUAUCCAAGAACACCAAACAUGCGCAUGUGGUACCCACAUAUUUCAGGAGGCAAGACAAAGAUGGUAAUCUCAUAAACAAAGACGGGCCUGACUAUGGCCGUGAAAUUAAUCAUCCUAUAAUCGAAAAGAUAUCGAGCUACGAUUUGCAACAUUCCGUGCUGACCGUGAGGCCUUCCUUUCUGAAGAGUGGUGAGCGGGUAACUGUGUCUUGGAGUGGGAUUGCCAAACCAAACGCCAAAGAUUGGAUUGCCCUAUUAUGCCCACCAAAUGAUAAUAUAAAAAGACAUCUUGAUCACUUCUUUGUUGAUGUGACCUCCACAUGGAACCUGGGAUACGGGAGUCAUUCCGUUCGACUUUACAAUUUAAGAGAUGACUGCGAAUUUCGUUACUUUAGGAAUUAUGGAAAAUCAACGUUAACUGCGAGAAGCAACAAGGUUUCUUUUCAGUUUGGCGUAAACGCUCCUUUGCAGGGGAGGCUUGCUUUGACGGGCAACCCUGCAGAAAUGCGAGUUAUGUGGACGUCAUCGUUAUCCAAAAGAAUUGUUGUUAAAUAUGGUGUGUCCAAAAGCAAGCUGGAUAUGGAAGCCACUGGUAAAUCUUGGACGUACAAAGCAAGUGAUAUGUGCGGACCAGUUGCCAAUACCACUGGAUUCAGGGAGCCUGGUUAUAUUCAUGACAUACUGCUUACAAAGCUGAAGCCCAUGACACGCUACUUUUAUUCUUAUGGCACAACUGAGGCCAUGAGUCCAGUGAUGAACUUUACAACAGCAUUUCCAAGUGGAUCAAAGAAGCCAUUCAAAUUCAUCGUUUAUGGUGACAUGGGUCUGACACUCCCUAGUGCCUUCGAAACCGCUGCUUGGAUGCUAGAAGAGUAUAGGAAGAACGAUAUUCAAUUCAUUUUCCACAAUGGAGAUAUUUCGUAUGCAAGAGGUCAUGCUUAUCUAUGGGAUCUGUGGCAUUUAUACAUUGAGCCAUAUUCAACUCUUAUACCAUACAUGGUUGGAAUUGGAAAUCACGAGCAGGAUCAUGUCAGUGGCGGGGAAAAGGACCCCAGUGGGGCAUCUGGGUUAGGAUUUCACCCAUACUGGGGAAAUUAUGGCGAUGAUUCAGGAGGUGAAUGUGGAGUUCCGAUGUUCAACAGAUUUCACAUGCCAGAUAAUGGAAACCAUCUUUGGUGGUACAGCUAUGAUUAUGGUAUGGUGCACAUGAUUAUGAUGAGCACGGAACAUGACUUCAGGCCUGGCAGUAGGCAGUAUGAAUGGCUAGAAAAUGAUCUGCAAAGUGUAAAUCGUGCGAAGACACCUUGGGUGUUGAUCGGAGGUCACCGUGCGAUGUACGCUAGUGCAGACAUAAGCAGUGAUCUUAGAGUUUCCUUCGGCAUGCAGCUUGCGUUUGAGGACCUUCUCUUCAAAUACCGCGUUGACAUGGCGUUCUGGGCCCAUUACCAUAGUUACGAACGCACCUGCAAGGUGUAUCGACAAGAAUGCAGGGAUGAUGGCGUCAUUCAUAUUGUUGUUGGGACUGCUGGAAUGACACGUGACAAAGAUGACCAUCUCAAAAUGCCUUGGUCAGUGUAUGCCGAGAACGACUACGGUUACGGGCGUGUCACUGUCUCAAAUGCUAGUGCUCUCCUUUAUGAGUGGGUACGCAACGUGGAUGGGGAGGUGAGAGACAAAGUCUGGCUCCACAAGUGAUAUAACUUUUGUCACAAGCUUGACCAACGAAGUCGCAGUUGAGUCAAAGUUCGAACCUUCCUUCCUUACAUGCGUCGUUAGACACAAAUAAGAAUUGUAUCACGUUUAUUUUUAUCGAAAAAAUAAUCUUAUGCCCUUAUCUUAAAAAUAGAGUUACGCUUAGCAAUGAUAAUCUCGAGGAUAUUCGUGCUUAUGCAGAAAUAAUUUCUUUACCAAAACUCUCCCAUAAAACUUAUAUUCGUAACAUGUUGCAAGUUAAUAAUUUCCCAAUUCACCAAAACUCGCUAAAAAGAGACAGCUGCACCACUUUGAGUCACGAGAAUUGCAAAGAACGGGAGGAUGUUCUUAAAGAAUAUCCACAUUUUCUUCUAAUGAUACGCAAAUGAAACAUUUUUGACCAUUAUUUGUUCGUGAAAAUUUGAUAACCACACCAAAAAAUAGAAUGUUGUUAUAACAAAGCAGGAUAAUUUCUUAGUUUUCAGAAUACUGUUACCGCAGUCUUGUAAGCAUUUUCCUAAAGAAGGCAGGCUGGCCAAAGCUAGAGCAGCGGGAAAAUUGAGCUUUAUUCGUGAUGACCUGUUUUGGGUGUAUGUUAAAAAUCUAAUUUUUAGAAUUAUGAUGAUUAAUCCUCAGUUAGAAAUUUUAGCUGUCACAGUCAUCAAGUGCAAACAAAUAAACAUAAAAACUACAUUCUUAUACCGAAAAUUUACAGCUGUCGUAAGGCAGCAUUGCAUGAAGUCUCUUCAACGCCAGUUGUUAGGAUAUAAAUUGAUUGGAAUUUUAGCCAUGCGUUCUUGCAUUUGAGAAGUGGUACCAUCAUCAUCUCCAGCCUCAUGACGACCAUCACUGUAUUAUCGUUAUCAUCAAUCAACCAAUUUUUAAGAAAUCAAUUUUUGCAAGA